GCUGUUUAUACUAUCCUGUCACUCAUCACCAGAGAAGAAAGAACAUUGAACAUGACAUUGCGUAUUCUAAGUGCUAAGGAUGUUGAGACGUUGAUUGCGACGAUCAGCCUGGAUGAGCUUGUCGGCCAAACAGCGCGGCUGUUUCACUCAGCGUCCAAUCUUUUGGGAUCCCAGCUGAUCCAAUGCCCACCACGAACGACGGUCGAGAUGCCUGGAUGGACCAUGUUAACCAUGCCCGCAUAUGUCGCUGGCCAGGGCAUGAGCGUGAAACUAGUGGGCGUGCCUCAAGCGAAUAACGGUCCAUACCGCGAUCUUUUCGGUCAGUUCACUUUACUCACGAAGCUCAAGAACCCAGCGCUAGUGGACGACGGAGACGACUCGAAGAGCCAAAAGGCAGGGCUGCCGGCAACGACAAUUGUCGUCGAGGAAAGGAGUGGGAAUGUAAAGAGCAUCAUCAAUGCACGCCAUCUGACAGCGCUGAGAACAGCAGCGGGUUCGCUGCUAGCCACCGAGCUGCUGCUGUUGGGAGCUUCCUCUUCGUCGCACACAGCUGCGCCACACGAAGCUGAUGGAGGAGAAAGAACCCGACCCAAGACUCUGGUUCUCGCGAUUUCCGACCAUUCAGUGCUGUCACAUCAUCAACCGAAGAAAGAACGAGAGAGGGAGGCAGCUCUGGGGGCGAUUGAUGGACCGAUAUGGACAGACGAAGAAGAUCACACUCAGCGGACUUCGUUCCCAAUCUUCCAUCGAUGA